CUUGACUCAUUUAAAUAUCUAAUUUUUAUAGUACAAAAAGGCUUGUGUUAAUUAUAAUUGAUAACAAUAUCAACAAAUAAAUAUUUGUUAUAGUUCAUGUUGUUUACACCAAAAGUUAAAAUGCUGAAGAUAAUAGUAAAUUUACUUUUCAUUUUGUCGGGUAUGUCAUUAAUUGAAAGUGCCAACAUUUUGGGAAUUAUGCCUUUUCCUGUGAAAAGUCAUUCGAUUUUAUUUGAGACUCUCCUGAAACGUCUGGCUGAAAAAGGACAUGAUGUUGAUUACGUUACGCAUUUUCCGUCCGAAAAAAAACCAGAAAGAUAUAACGAAUUGAGCAUACAUGGAAGCCUCCCACUGUAUCACAACAAUAUGUCAAUACAUGCAUUAAAGGAUCAUUCUAUUUAUGAAACAAUAAAAUUUAUAACAAUUUCUGAAGGAGUAGAAACUUAUUCUAAAUUAAUGAAAACUGCAGUUUUACAAAGUUUAAAAAAUUCAACGAAACGAUACGACUUAAUUAUUACUCACCUUUUUGGUUCUGAUGCAAUGUUGGGAUUUGGACAUUUAUUUAAUGCACCGGUAGUGUCACUUACGACAAGUGUAGCUUUGCCUUGGAUAAAUGGAAGAGUGGGAAAUCCGGAUAAUCCGUCUUAUGUUCCAAAUUUCUACUCAACUUCCAGUCCCAACAUGAAUUUGUAUGAAAGAAUUGCAAACACAAUUUUAUGGAUAAUGACCAGAAUUUGGUAUAAUUACUUGACUGUGGCUCCAACAAAUCAAUUGGUUAAAGAUUUUUUUGGAUCGAAUACACCCUCUUUGGAAAAUCUUAUUCAAAAUACUAGUCUUGUACUAGUUAAUAGUCAUUUCAGCAUGCAACAAGCUAGGCCAACUGUGCCAAAUUUUAUAGAAGUUGGAGGGCUCCACAUACGUGAACCUCAAACAUUAUCCCAAAAUUUGGAAAAUGUAGUUAGCAAUAAUAGUUUUGGAGUCAUUUACUUGUCGAUGGGUUCUAUGGUUGUAACUGAAACUUUCGAUUUUGAAAUACUUCAAGCAAUGUUCAAUGCUUUUGCUGAAUUGCCCUAUACUGUCUUGUGGAAAGCCUCACCUGAAAAAUUUCCUAAAGGCUUGACAAUUCCUGAAAACAUCUAUUUCCGAUCGUGGAUGCCUCAGAUAGAUAUUCUAUGCCAUCCUAAUGUGAAAUUAUUUAUUAGUCAUGGGGGUUUGUUAGGUAGCCAAGAAGCGGUGUAUUGUGCUGUUCCAAGAAUAGGAAUUCCAUUUUAUGGUGAUCAAGAAAGCAAUAUUCGCAUGUCCGAAAAACUGGGAAUUGGAAUUAAACUGCCUUAUGAGAAUAUAAAUAAAAAAAGUUUUCUUCAAACUAUCAAGCAGGUUCUUGAGGAUGAGAACUAUAAACACAAUGUUGAAAAAAUUUCUCAAUUAUUCAAAGAUCGUCCGAUGACACCUUUGGAUACCGCAGUUUAUUGGGUGGAAUAUGUAAUUAGGUAUAAAGGGGCUCCUCAUUUGCGUUCUGRYGGUGCUGAUUUYCAUUGGUAUCAGUAUUAUUUAGUAGACGUUGCAUUUAUUUUACUCUUUGGUUUAUUUGUACUUAUAUUGUUAAUUGUUUAUGGAUUAAAACUGGCACUGUGUUUCAUAAACGGUAAAGAAAAAGAUAAAGUUGAAUAGUUAUUAUUGUUAUUAAUUUUAUCAGAAAUAUAUUUCGGCAAUCUAUUUAGGUGUACUAGAUGCACACAACAAAAUAAAUGCACGUUUUUCCUUAAAUUGUUUAGUUUUAAAACUUUAUUAUUAU